GAGGCGGAAGCGGAAGGCAAGCAGUGGGCGCUGAAACAUGGCGUGCGCAAACACACACACGGUCAGGAUGACAGCCGGCGCGUGUGUGUUUUCUGCGUUUAUCGCAACAUGUGUGGUGCUGCAGCCCGCGUCGGCCAAGUCGGCCAAUCUAAGAGUAAUCACAGAUGGAAACUGGGAGGAAAUCCUGACGGGAGAAUGGAUGAUCGAAUUCUUUGCUCCGUGGUGUCCAGCCUGCCAGCAGCUCCAGCCUGUGUGGAAUGAGUUUGCAGAAUGGGGAGAAGAUUUGGGAGUGAAUAUUGCCAAAGUGGACGUCACUGAGCAGCCAGGUUUGAGUGGGAGGUUCAUCAUCACGGCUCUCCCAACUAUAUACCACUGUAAAGAUGGUGUCUUUAGGCGGUAUCAAGGAGCCCGCUCUAAAAAUGACUUCCUGAGCUUCAUUGAUGAGAAGAAGUGGCAGAGCAUAGAGCCGGUCUCUUCCUGGUUCGGCCCCUCAUCCUUCCUGAUGAACGCAAUGUCAGCCCUCUUCAAGUUGUCCAUGUUCAUCAGGCAUUGCCAUAAUUACUUAACAGAGCAGCUGGGCGUCCCGGUUUGGGGCUCGUAUGGGAUAUUUGCUUUAGCAACGCUCAUCUCAGGAUUGGUCCUUGGAUUGAUACUGGUUUUCAUCGCAGAUUUCGUGUUCCCAUCACGGCGGUUUGCGCCAGAUUAUCACUACAGGAAGCUGCCUGCUGGGCAGGUACGUCUCCUGCAGCAGUUGGAAGAUGAACAGGAGGCAGACGGAGAGGAAGAGGAUGACGACGAUGAUUACGGUGGAAAAACGGAAGAGUGGCGGCGAACGGAUGGAGCCGAUGUGCUCAGGAGAAGAGGUGUGGGUGUGCCGGAGGAGGACACCUAGUGGACUGGAGAGGAACUGUCUCUCGCUCACUGUGCACAAAACCACCACACAAACCACAGCGCUACGGCACGCUCUGGCAGCGCUCUUUGAGCUCGAUGAUGUCACGUGUGAUGUCAUAGCUCCCUCCGAAAGAUUGAUGUGGUUGUGCUUUUCUGUCUUUCUUGCCGCUGGUUUGUGUGUUUUCUCUUUUCCACCUGUCCUGUUUUAAUUAUUACACUCCUUGCUAUGCAGUAUCUCUAGAGUGUGUGUGAGUGUGUGUGAGUGUGUGUGAGUGUGUGUGUGAGGAAUAUUAGGACUUUAAGGAAUUUCAUGACUCACAGUUGCAGUAUUCAACAAAUAAAUACUGAGCAAAAUAAUCACGAUCGAACAACGACAUCACUGUGAAUCUGUUGUAAAUGAGGCUUUUGGGAAUAUAAAAGAUAUUUGUGCUUUACUUUGUAAAUAUUUUAUUAUUUGAGCUUUUUGGAUGCCUGUCAUAUAAAGCCAGAAUGUUCAAUUUGCUUUUGUUUUAAACGGUUUUUCUUCCAAGUAGAGUUCAGCUUCCUUUUUUUGCUUUGUUUUUUUUGUGUUACUGAAGUUUGAGAACUUAGAAAACGCCUGAAUUAGCACUUGUUUAUUAAUGUGUGUAUGUGUGAUGAUUAUUAUUUGACACCGAAAGACAGUUUCACAUAGGACGUGACUUCUGUUCUUGUAAUUUGCUUUAAAUGAGUUUCAUUUUCCACACCCUGUUUCUUUACAUUUUGUUAGUUUAAUGACGCAUAGGCAACUAUGACUAAGUAGAGCUGCCGUGUUUUCUUGUUCCGGUGGAUUUUUGGGAUGUAUCUUGGUCUUCCAACUCUUUUGGGUGCAGUUUAUUUGUUCUUGUAGUUUUCUUAUCAUCCUUGCUAUAUAGUUUGACCCCUGACAUUAGACUGAUCCACUAAAAUUAAAGUGCUUCUCAAUGUAUUCUGCUCAUUUGUCCGCAGCAGAAAAAUUCUAAUGUGUGAAUGUCUGUAUUUACAACUCUAUUGCUUAAAGUGUGUGUGUAUGGAUGUGAGAGACUGGUUUUGGAAUGUAUCUGUAUUUGAGAUGGUUUUGAAUCUGGACUGUUAAAAUAAACAGUUUAAAGCUGCA